AUGGCUACGUCGCAUCGCAAAGAGGUUAUCGACGCUCACAUGCAAGAUUCGAAUUGGAUGAAGCUCUGUCGUCUACCGAAGUCAUUGGUUGACAAGUGGGAGGAAUCAGUGGAAGAGUACACUGCAGCAAAGGAGGCCUUUCAAGAAAUUGACCGUGUUGCUAAUGAGGAAGAGUGCGCCGAAUGGAAACAGGAGAUUCUCGAUGCGCGAGAGGCACGCAAAACCGAUGCCUCCGCCAUGGACAUUUUUACACCGAAAAAGAUCAAACCGGCGAACAAGACGCAAGUCAGGACGGCUCUCUUGAACGGCGACACCACGCACACGGUAUCACUCGAGAAUCCGAUCUCAGCGGACUUACUUGCAUGGCUCUCAUUGGGAAUCAGUAUAGACCGCCAGAGUCCAGAGCAACUUCCCAUUCUCAUGCCGUCCUCACUCGGUAUUCGGUAUUGCAAGGAUCACGGUCUGAUAGACAUCGUCCUUGCGGAGCGAGAACUUCGGAAGGGAGAGAUGAACGAAUGUCUUUCCGGUGUUCGUGACGGGAUUGACACCAAGUCCUACCUCUACUACGCUCGGGUUCGCAACGCCACUUCUGUCCGCAAAUCUCUCCGCUCCUUUAGCGAGAUCCGCAUGGUCGACCACUCAGUAGCGAAGUAUGUCCAGCUCUACAUGCUUUCUCGCACUGCCCUCGCUGCCCUGUACGACCCGAACGACCCUGAAGAUGUCAAGAAAAAAUCGGAUGAUCUGGUCAUUUACAAGCCCAUCACAAAGUCCAAUCUCACUGUCAACACCACGAUCCUGGAAGCAACCACCAGGAGUGCUCGGAACAAGCACCCUUCAUGGAUCUGGACGUUUACCAGAACAUCGGAAGAGGGCUCCACCUUGUACAAUGAUGAAAGUACAUGGGAAUAA